AUGGGGCUCGUUACUAGGUCAACGGAGGAAGAGGCUUUGGUGGUGGGAGCUAAUGGAGGGAACACUGAGCCGAUUUUGGCUGCACAAAAGUUUCCAAAGUGGCUUCCGCAUGUGGUAAAAUGCUUAGAGGAACUGGAUUUUAUAAGUUUUAGUUUCGGAGAUUUGGAUCAACUUCAAGGUGCGCUAUGUAUGCUUCGGAACUCACCUAAUUUGGAAGUACUUUGUGUCACACCUACGCAGAUGGGACCCGAGGCUGAUUUGCAAUUAACGUCUGACUACUUAGAAUCCCCUGACUGUCUGGAUCAGACAUUGCUCAUGUUGCAAACCGUAGAAAUGACAUCUUUAGAAGGGUCAAGACCAGAGCUCCUCUUUGUAAAGCUUCUGCUCGAUUGUUGUCCACAUCUUGAAAAUAUGAUAAUCCAACCAAAAGCAACCACUAAUGCUGAGAAAAGGCACAACAUUGCAAAGGAUGUUUUGAUGUUCCCACGAGCCUCACCAAAAGCAAAAGUGGUCUUCUUGGAUCCGGAGCCAUAAUUCUAUAAGAAUGUUUUAAGUGCAUUGAUUGAUAUCCGGUAGCUAUCUCGUAGUUUAUAUCUUGUCUUUUAUUUUACCUUUUUUCGUAUGCAGUUGACAGUACAAUGUAUGUUAAAACAAUGAUAUUAAUGGACUUGGGCUUUUGCUGGA